CCCAUAUAAAUUUAUGAACCAGGUACCAUAGUCUUUUUACAUCUAUAAAAUCAUUUCUUGAAGUCUUUACAUUGGAUCAUGUCAAAAAUGGCAAGUUUCCAACAUAUAGGCUUUACAUUUAUCAUGCUUAUGAUUAUUGGCAUGGUGAAAGGCAGGUGGCUAGAUCAAGUCGAUACAUAUCCAACAUCAUCACAUAUCUCAGAUGGGAUUAACGAUAUUAACACUAAUUACGAAAAUUCUUCUAAUCUUCGUAUGACGACGACUACUUCUAAUUCGUCCGUUUCCACAACAACGUUACGUGGUGAGAAGAGGUGUCACAGUAUAUACGGGUUCUUGCCGUGUGCAGACACGAUGCAAGAAGGGGUGUUUUUGAUGCUAAUGUAUACAUAUUUGAUGAUGUUGGGAGAGGAGUGGAUACAUAAAGGAAGCCAGGCUUUGUUUGUAUUGCUUGGCGAUAAGGCGAUUGGAGCUAGUGUUUUCCGAGUGUUUAUGGCUUUGCCAAGAAUAGUCAUAGUGAUUGUCUCUGGGGUUCUUUCUACAGCAUCAGCUGCCCAAAACCAAGUAGCUUUUGGGGUGAGCAUGUAUGCUGGAUCAACUGUCAUUACGCUAACCCUUAUAUGGGGAUUUCGCAUAAUAUUAAGUCGAGAUAGGCUUCGUGGAAAGGGAUCAACACCCGAACUUGAACACCAAGAUGACUUAUCAGCGAAAUGCUUGCCUCUUAGACAUAAACUCUCAAUUCUGAAUGAUACUGGUGUUAAUAUUGACAAGGAGACUGGAAAUAUAGCUGUAAUUAUGCUUUUAUCCUUGAUUCCAUUUGCAGUGGUGGAAUUAGUUGCGUUAAUGGUGACUCACGUCACUGUUUUGUUCGCAUUAGUAGUAUCUGCCAUGUCCCUGCUUGCAUACUUUGCUUAUCAGAUUUGGAAUCCUUGGAUUCAGAACAGGAGUUUGGCAUAUUUGAAGCAAGAAAACUUGCAAACUAGAUUUGUAUAUCAUGUUCAAAGGCUUGCAGAAGAUGAACUUAUUGACGAGCAUGGGAACCCCAAAUUUGAGCCUUUUGAAAGCAUAUUUGUAAGAGCAGACACUGAUAACGACGACUGCAUAUCGCAUGAGGAACUAGAACAUUUGAUUUUGAAAGUGUUUGAGUUGGAAAAAGAUCAUAUAUCUAUCGAGUAUGCAAAAGCAGAGAUUUUGACACAUUUCGAUGAUGACAAAAGUGGAAAGAUCAAUCGGACAGAGUUCAAAAAGGGAUGCACAAAGUGGCUUGGAAAAUGGAAGAAUGAUGCAAAUAGUUCCGGUUCGCUUACUAAAACUUUAUGGAAACAAGUUGAGAAAGUAGCAAUAAAGAAUAAACGUGCAAAUCUCACACAAAUUGAGAAAAUCAUGCCAAGAAUCUUGAAACAAGUCCUUGAACAACAUCAACUAGUGAGAGAGGAUGGAACACCCGAUAGAGAAAAGAUAGAAGGGCUAUUUUCUCAAUAUGAUAAAGACAGUGAUAAUGAAAUACAUCAAGGUGAAUUAAGGGAAUUCAUUGAGACUCUUCGUUUUGGGGUAGCACUAGAUCAUGAUACAGUCCUAGACGAAGUAAUAAAGGAAUUCGACGAGAAUAAAAGUUCGAAAAUAGAUAAAAAAGAAUUUGUAGAAGGAUUCAUUAGAUGGAUUGAGAAAGCUAUCAACUAUGAUCCAACCAUCAAAGAUCCAAAAAACGCAAUAGCAAAGUUUGAAGAGGAUUCUUGGAGAGAAAUUGAUGCGCCAAUGCAAAUGGGAAAGCCUAAAUUAGCAAGCGUCCUCUACGUAAUAUCCGGUGUUGCUAUCACUUACAUCAUUUCAGGGGCAUUCAUACAAAGUGUCAUACAGUUCUCAGAUGCCGCUCACAUACCGUUUCUCUUUACUUCAUUUGUUAUGGCUCCAAUAGCCAUGAACGCUAGAAUGGUAAUCACGUCACUUCUUAAUGUCGGACCACGUGUUUCAAAGAAUGCUUCUUUGACAUUUUCAGAGAUCUAUAGCGGGUUGGUUAUGAACAACCUUUUGGGCUUGUUAACAUUGCUUACAACGGUAUAUAUUAAGGGAUUAACAUGGACCUAUUCGGAUGAGGUGCUAGCCAUCAUGAUACCUUGUGCAAUUGUUGGCUUAUUCGCUUUCUGGCGUGACACUUACCCGAUGUGGGCGUCCAUCUCUGCAAUGCUUCUAUACCCGAUCUCAGUAUACAUUUACUGUGCUUUGGAUUAAUAUUUUUAAAGUGUUUGUUGUCUAAAGCAAAAAGUUAUAAAUGCCAUUGGAUUGAGCUUAAAUGUAAAAAGGUAUUAUUAUUUCAUAAAUUUAGUGUAUAUAUAUAUGGGGAUAUUUUAUGCU